AGAAACCUUACUAUUGUUUUUGUGUAUAAAUAUAUCCAUCCAAGAUUUCACAACUACUCUCAUUUCAUUUCAGCUACCACAGACAAAACAGUACUCUCUCUUUCUCUCUACCUAUCUUCUCUUUAUCAUUGUAUGGCAGCCAAUUCGAGCAGCGGAUCGAUCACUACCUUCGGGAAAAGAGUCAUCAACCAGAUCUGGAAGAACAACAACUCCAUCUCUUCCUCUCCUCCUCUCUCCCUCGCAUCAAGGAGGGCAGCAUACAGUUCAGUGUACGACAAGAACGCUGAUGAUCAGAUCCACUCUGAACCUGUUCCUGAUGAUGUGAUCCAGGCAACUCAAUCCACCAAAUACUGGGCCCCAAACCCACAUACUGGGGUAUUUGGGCCCCCAGGAGAGCACGCCAGUGGCUUCCAUUCAGCCAGCUCCACCACGAAUGCAAGUGCUGCUGCAGGUUCUGUGCUGGAGGAAAAGGCUUGGUUUCGUCCCACCAGCAUUGAGGACUUGGAGAAGCCCCACCCUAAUCCUUAAUAGUUCCCUAAUCCCUUUCCUUUAGAACAUAAUAUAUAUGUAUAUGUUUGCGUAUAAAUAAGGGCAGUACUUGUGUGUGAGUGGCCAAGUUGAAGUAGUGUGUGGUUAUUCUAGCUUGUGUAUCUAUAUUUUGUGCUGAAUUUCUUAGAGUGCAGCAGAGACUGCAAUAUUGCAGGUUGAUGCUCCUUCAAGAGUGUGGACUAGACCUUUUAUUAUACAUAUAGCUAGACAUGAACUGCGUCCAUAUGCAUGUAAGCUUCUUGUCUGUGUUUUCAUGCAGAAGCUUUAAUAUUAGACCUAUGUUUAUGUUAUGGUUGUGUC